UUGUGUUGUGUUUAACACAGUUUAACAACAUGAUGUUCGACCAAUGGUUGACCAGUGACAGUGAUAAGUGAACAUCUCUUCAUACCUUUGAAUUUAUCCAAGUUGUCAUCCUGAAAAACAUUUCAUUGCUUCAAUUACGUAUUCAUCUUGGAAUUAAAAAUGUCCAGCAACAAUAAUUCAGAGUCCAACAAUGUUACAGCUCAAAAUGGUACAAGUGAAGCUGAGAAUUCCGAAGAGGAGGAAGAAAUUUGUGAGCUGAAUCAGCAGCUGGACAUCCUCAACUCUGCCUUAGAUUCCAUUGAAGAAAAAAAUGACCACAUUAAAGCAAGGCUGCUUGAACUUUUGAAGAAUGUACAGAAUGUGAGGACAGAGCAGAGCUCAGAAGACAAAGAGAACGAAAAAUCAGAAUCAGAGCGCUGACUUGAAAUCAUACUCAUCUCUUAUGAGAUACUUUCUUCCGAAGUUUUUUAUUCACUACAUCCUAUCAUCAUAGUUUAAGUACCUGCAUUCUUUCAAUCCUUACACACCCACAGUGAAACUGCAGACAUGCUUCUAUCGGUUUGUGGCAUUGCAGGCCUCUGCUCAUACUGAAUUUUUUAAAUUGAAAAAUAGUCAUUGUUACGUUCUGAAAACCUCCCUAAUUAUAUUCUCUGUGGAAAAAAAUGUUUCUGAAAUUUUCCAGCAAUAGCGCUGUUUUGUUCUCUACUGAUAAAAUUUAAUGGGAGCGGAAAUUUUGAAGCACAGCAAAGGAGAUACAUUCUGCAUUUCUGCAGUUUCACCAUUGCUAUGUCCUAUGACUCAUAAGAGAGUAUGAAGAUACUUCUAAAUUGACUUUUGCCAAUUAUUGCAAUAUUCCUUACUUUUAUUUCUUAAGUACUUUAAGAUGGAAGUCAUUCCCUUGGUUGCAUUUUUACUGACGAUUUGCUUGUUGUUUUUGAGAAAAGUAUUUUUUUAAUUUCAUACCUGCUGUCUUGUCUACCUUGUUGUCUGAGUGUUAAAAAGAGCACUACACAGUGCCACCUUAAAUUUUUCAGUAAGGGUUGGUGUUUCAAAAAUUUCUGCAGCCAUACCAAACUCAAUAUAUGAGGGGAACCCACCCUAAGAGGGCCGUUGAAGAAAAGGGCAAGGCUCUGUAAUCUGAUAAAGCCUUUUGAUGGCAAGUGUCUUUUAUUAUUUCAAAAAUGAAAUUCAAACAAUAAAUAAGAAAUUUUGCAUUAAAGGCAGGUUGAUACUCUUUUUCAACACAAAGUUUUCACUGAUCUAAGUUUACAUCUAUCAUGUGCUUCUUGUUCACAGAAUGUAAAAUAAUUAUACAACAAUUGAAGGUAUUUUUGCUAACAAGAACUACUUAUGUUGGACAUAAAUCUUAUGCACACAGUCCUUAGUUUUUGAAGUGAUUCGUUAAUAAGUAAGGCACUAAGCACUUGCAAACUUUACUGGCGAUUUUGUCAAAUUUCCUGUUCGCGUCCUUAAACUUCGAAUAGCUGUUAAAGGGUCAAUUUUUGUAAUGUCAUAAUGGUUCUUUGCGCCGUGUGAUACCGAGCUAACUCUUCUGAGCUGUGAAGGAGUCAUCUCCUUCCCCUCCCUCCUUAAGACACAUUUUACCCAGUUAAGUUGCAAUUAAUGAACUUCAAUGUUUGAAAUUUGCGAGCAGUUUUAAUGAGUCUCUUUGGGUUAGUUUCCCAUUUCAAGAUUAAAGGUAGCAGGAACUUAUAUGCUCAAAAACAAUGUUUUUUAGUUUCAUCAUCAACAAAUAAAAGUUGAAAACGUCAAAGCUAAUUUUCCAGAACCUCUAAUGUGACAAACUAUUUGCAGGGGUCAUUGAAGACCACUGGCAGAGUGAUUGUACGCCAGGAAAA